AUGUCGGUGGUCGGUUUUGACAUUGGUUUUCAAAACUGUUACAUUGCCGUCGCUCGAGCAGGAGGCAUCGAGACCAUUGCCAAUGAGUUCAGUGACAGAUGUACUCCGGCAGUUGUAUCCUUUGGAUCAAAGAAUAGGGCUACUGGAAUUGCAGCCAAAAAUCAGCUGAUUACAAACGCUAAGAAUACCAUACUAAACUUCAAAAGAUUCCAUGGUCGAGCAUUUAGUGAUCCUGUUGUUCAAAAUCUGAAGAAUAAGCUGGCUUAUGAUCUUGUUCCAAUGGAACCUGGAGUUGGAGUUAAGGUGAUGUAUAUGGAUAAAGAGCAGCAUUUUAAUGUGGAACAGAUCACAGCCAUGCUCCUAACCAAACUAAAGGAAACAGCAGAGACCAAUUUGAAAAAACCUGUAUGUGACUGCGUUAUUUCUGUACCUGCAUUUUUCACCAAUGCUGAAAGGAGUUCUGUGCUAAAUGCUGCUUAUAUUGCAGGCUUGAAUUGUUUAAGACUGAUGAAUGAUACCACUGCAGCAUCUCUAGCUUAUGGAAUCUACAAGCCAGAUUUACCAGUCCCUGAAGAAAAGCCAAAGAUUGUUGUAUUUGCAGAUAUGGGUCAUUCAGCAUUCCAAGUUUGCGUCUGUGCUUUCAAUAAGGGGACUCUUAAGGUACUUGCAACUGCUUUUGAUCCACAAUUCGGAGGCCAAGAUUUUGACAAAGUAUUAGUUGAGUAUUUUUGUACUGAAUUCCAAAAGAGGUACAAUUUAAAUGUAAAGUCUAAAAUCCGAGCCUUAUUGCGGCUGUAUCAAGAGUGUGAGAAGCUGAAGAAACUCAUGAGCGCCAACUCCAUGGAUAUUCCUUUGAACAUUGAGUGCUUCAUGAAUGACCUGGAUGUAACUGGAAAGAUGAAUCGAACUCACUUUGAAGAGUUAUCUGCACACCUGCUGCAGAGAGUGGAGGGACCUCUGCAGUCAGUUAUGGAACAAACACACCUCAAACUUGGAGAUAUUAAUGCUGUUGAGAUCAUUGGAGGGUCCACGCGUAUUCCUGCAGUCAAAGAAAGGAUAGCAAAUUUUUUUGAGAAGGCUGUCAGCACUACACUCAAUGCUGAUGAAGCAGUGGCCAGAGGCUGUGCUUUGCAGUGCGCAAUGCUUUCACCUGCUUUUAAAGUACGUGAAUUUUCCAUAACGGACGUACUACCAUUCCCAAUAUCCUUAAAAUGGAUAGCAGAAGGAGAUGAACUGGAGGGCAGUCAUGAAGUCUUUUCCAGAAACCAUCCAGUGCCGUUUUCAAAGGCCCUCACUUUCUCCAGAGAAAAUCCAUUUGAACUAGAAGCUUUUUACAGCAAUCCCCAAACUCUACCUUAUCCUGAAGUAAAAAUAGGGCAGUUCAUCAUCCGGGAUGUUCUACCACAAACAAACGGUGAAAAGUCCAAAGUGAAGGUAAACAUUUGUGUCAACAUACAUGGCAUCUUCAGUCUUUCAACAGCAUCUAUAACUGAGAAGGUACAAGUUGAAGAGAAUGAGGCUGCUAUGGAAAUAGAGUCAGGCCCUUAUACACCUGACACAGUUGAAAACAUUAAGAACAAAACUCCAAUAGACAUUGGUACGACUGAAAUUCAGCCACAAGUACAAUUAGACCAUCAAGAAUCGCCACAAUCUCCUUCCCCUGAAAUGGAGCAAGAAGAAAAUCAAGUCGGAAAUGCUGAAACAAACUGCAAAUCCAAUACCGAAAAGAAAACUGAUCAACCUCCUGAUCCAAAAAAGCCAAAAAUUAAGUUGAAGACUAUUAAUCUUCCAGUUGAAGCUAAACUGGUUUGGCAGUUUGGGAAAGAUUUGCUUGACAUGUAUUUUGAAAAAGAGGGUGAUAUGAUCAUGCAGGAUAAGUUGGAAAAGGAGCGAAGUCACGCGAAAAAUGCAGUGGAAGAAUAUAUAUAUGACUUCAGAGAGAAACUGUGUGGGCCUUUUGAAAAAUUCGUCAGUACUAAGGAUCAGAAACUAUUUUCAACGUUGUUGUCUGAGACAGAAAAUUGGUUAUAUGAAGAUGGAGAAGACCAAUCUAAACAAGUAUAUGUUGACAAGUUGUCAGAGUUAAAAAAGUUAGGUACCCCAGUUCAACAUCGAUAUCUGGAAAAUGAAAAACGGCCAAAAGCCUUUGAUGAGCUUAGACAAAGACUGCAAUAUUAUGCAAAACUAAUGGGAGAAUCCAGGAAUAAUAUUGAAGAGUAUAACCAUAUAGAUGUUUCUGAAAUGGCGAAAGUGGAAAAGGCAGUGAAUGAAACAAUGGAAUGGAUGACUAAGGCAAUGGAGACACAGGCCAAACUGAAUUUUGAUCAAGAUCCUAUAAUACAUGCAUCUGAGAUUAAAGAAAAACAGAAGGAGCUCGAUACUAUCUGUAAUCCAAUAGUAACUAAAUCCAAGCCAAACAUAGAAAUUCCUAAAGAAGAAAACCACUUGAACAGAAAAACUAAUUCUAAAAAUGGAAGAAGGAGAGAACCAAUGGAGAAUGAAUGCCUUGCCAAGCAUUCAGAAAUUCCUUCCCAAAAUGGUCACUGCCAUCCAGGAGAGAGCUUGACAACCAACAUGGAUUUGGAUUGAUCAGUAGAGGUGUAAAAGAAAUAUUUUCUCUCUACAAAUUUCUUCUACUUUUUUUUUCUUUUAAUGUUUCUAAAUGCCCAACCUAUUCAUUUCUAAAAAAGCUUUUGUAACAUAUUUUCUUCAGUACCUAACUAGUGAAGAGUUCAGCCAUUUAAUAUGUACAAUGUGUUGGUAAAUAUUUAAAAACAAUGGUAAUGUUACA